UUAAUAUAAUUAUUACAAUGAAUGACUACAGUGGGUUCUACUUAAAAUAAAAACAUGUCGCUUUGACAUAAUUCUACUAAAGUACCUACCUAGAUUAGGUGCUUUUAGAUAAUAAAAUUAGCAAAUAAUUUUCUAGCGCUCCGUUAAAUCUAAAUGCAAAACAAAAGGAUCACCGUUACAAAGUACAUCCAGAAGAAUAUAACACCGUUGCUGAAGCAUAUACAUUAGACCUUCUGUUAACUUUAGUUAUCUCUUGAAGCCGAGGAGUACCUAACUGGACUACUAAACUAACAUGUCUAGUAAACAGAGACGCAAGGAAAUAAAAAAGGGUGCCGCAACUCAACCUGAAAAGUAUUAUGUAUACCGCGAUGCAAGCUUCAAGCCAUGUAUAUCGGAGCCUUCGUGCAGGGUGCACAAACACAGACCGAGGCCUCCGCCCUGUCCGCAACCGGAUGAGUGUUACAGGGCGUGCAUACGGCGAAAAGAGAAAUGCCCCAGCGCUCUUGCUACAGUCCGUCGUGAAGGCGCGCCCUGUGACUGCGCCAGGCUACAGUCAGAGUCCUCCCGGCUGAACCAUGAUGUUCACUACAGAUCACAUCGAGCGCGCAUUCAAAAAGCUUACGCCACGCGAUCAUCAAUAUCGCGGAUAGAUACCGAAGUAGAAGAUGAAGCCCAAACUUUGGACUCUACGAAUUCCCGCACUUUCAGUGCGCGGUCGUGCGGUGCGGACGGUCAGCGCAGGAGUUUGCGGCGUAACCCUAGCUGCGUGUUCCAGAUGGGCGCACGCGCGCUACGAGCGGGCGGCGCGGCGGCGGCGUCCGGUGACGAGCGCUGCGCGACCGGCGCAGCCAACCAGCUCACGUUUGUCCGGUACGUAUGCCAUUUGUUUUAA